GCGCUGAAACUUUACGCGGACCUCUAAGUACCAAACUCAGUGAAAAUGAAAAAACAAAGACGGCGACCCGGCUCGAGACGCAUCUUGAGACUAACUGGGCGACAUUGGCUGCUGUUAGGAUGGACAAUACUACUGGCGAUCAACAACGACGGAGCGGAGAUCACUUGCCCCGAGGAGUGCAGCUGCCGGACCACCUUCCACAGGGAGGAGGGCCGGCUUCUCCGGAUAGCUUGCUCGCGGGGUGAUAUGCACACUAUACCUGUUGACUAUUUCGAUAGGAACGCUCAAAUCAUCUCCAUCUCAGCUCCAGCAGAAAACCCUAACUUCCUCACCAUCGGACCAAUUUUUACUCAGCCCAUUCCAUUCGUGAAUCUACAAGAACUACACAUUGUCAACUCAAACAUUCCAUCGAUAGGCCAGUACUCAUUCUGGGGCCUACAAAAUCUUAGACUUAUCAACUUGACAUACAACAACCUAACCAGCAUAAACGCGGAUAAUUUCCGCGGGCUAAUAAAUCUCACCGAGCUCCAUCUCGACCACAACAACAUAGAGCAAAUGCCGAGCGAGACGUUCAGACAUCUCACCGCUCUGAAGACUCUGGUAUUAUCGAAUAAUCAGAUCUCAACACUGGUGCCCAGAUUAUUUCGGAUGUUAGCGAAACUGUCUUAUUUGGAUUUAAGUGAUAAUCCUUUAGCCGAUUUAAACCCGGAGCGGCUAGAUAUAUCGCACAACAAAUUACAAACGCUGAGCGAGCAAGAUCUGCAGCGGUUGGAGGCCAUAGCGCAGAUAGAUUUAUCAAAAAAUACUUGGCACUGCGACCAAUGCUCGGCCGGGACGAUGAUCGUUUAUAUGACCACGACCGUUUUGAACGCGACUAUAAGGAAUCUGAGGUGCUACGCGCCAAUGCGGUUGCGGGGCAAGAGUUUUGCGGACAUGAGCUUUGACCUGCUGGAAGCGUGCCCGAGCACGCGGGAGGCGCAGAUGAGCGUGAUCGCGGGGCUGAUGCUGCUGUGCGUGGCGGUGCUGGCGGCCGUGGCGGGCGCGCUGUGCUGCUCGCGCCGGCGCGCCGCGCACUACUACACGGACGAGGAGAAGCGGCGCGAGCACGCGCACGAGCACCCCGACGAGCUGCUGGCGCGCGCCGAGCUCGGCAGCGUGGCCACCAUCCACGCGCCCUUCGCGCUCGCGCCCAAGGGCAGCUAG